UAGAUCCCUUAAAGACCGUAUACGAUAAUAACAAUAUUUACGUUUCCGACAAGGUAUUUACAAAAUAAGAACAAUAAAAAGUGCACAACUUCAAUUGAGAUAUGCUUAAGCCGAAAGCUUUAACUCAAGUUUUGAGUCAGGCCUGCUCCGGAGGAGUCCAAAACACACUACUUCUCAGCCAGGAAGGUGCUCUUUUGGCAUAUUCGGGUUAUGGGGAUAAGGACAAGGACGCAAGAGUGACGGCAGCAAUUGCUAGCAAUGUUUGGGCCGCCUAUGAGAAGCACGGUCGCAAUGCAUUUCGCGAAGAUCGCUUACAGUUUGUUUUACUCGACUGUGAGGGCGGUCAUGUUGCAAUAACUAAGGUGGCUAGCAUUCUGUUAUGCCUGUAUGCAAAAGAGAACUUUGGACUUUUGGGUCUUCUUAAACAAAAAGCAAUGGCCCUUGCGGCGUAUCUAGAAGGUCCUUUGAAACAGAUAGCUGCGGCCUCUUAAGAUACAAUGUAUUUGUUUGAUAGAAAAAACUAAUUACAAAAUAACAUGUAAAAAUAAUUUUUGUAGCACUUUUCUACUAAAAAAUCCCUCAAGUAUCCGAAAUAAAACACAUUUAAAUAUGAA